AUGCCUGAACAGCACCUUUCUGCCAACAGUGCCACCCUCGAUGGCAGCCCUAGAGCCUGGGAUUGGACCCUGCACUUGCUGCAGGAGUCUCUGUCCUGGUUCCAAUCAGCACAGGAACAUCCAGAGGAGACGGCGGUGUUCCUCAAGGCGACGACGGGAGCAGAAGGCGGACAGGAGCAGGGCUCACAGAGAGAGGACCAGCACCUGGCGGAGACAGCGGCGUUCCUGGACAGGGACUCAGCGCUGACAGCCGCCAUGUGCGACAGGGAGCAGGAGGCAUGCCUGCUGUGUCGCCGUGCAGAGGCUGACCCGGACACCUGCGGCGAAAAACGGGAGAAAUACGGGCUCUAUGCCCACGUGUUCUGCCUGUAUUUUGCCACACUGCUUUUUCAGCAAGCCAAGAAACGUGUUGGACUCCUGGGUUUUCUGCCUCAAGAUAUCCAACUUGCAGUCAGGCGGGCGGCACAGAAGCACUGCUGCGUCUGUGGCCAGAGCGGGGCCACCAUCAUGUGCUGCAGGGAAGGCUGCGACAGAUGGUUCCACCUGCCCUGUGCCAAGGAGGGCUGCUGUGUUACACAGUACAUUGUUCCAUUCAGGUCCUUCUGCCCUGAGCACCGUCCAGAGCAGGACGUGCAGGUGACUCCAGAGCCGGGCACCGAAUGCCCCAUCUGCAUGGAGCCAGUGGAGGAUAGAAAGACCUUCAACACCAUAGUGUGCCCGGCAUGCAAAAGAGCCUGGUUCCACAGGGACUGCCUCCAGGGACAGGCCAUGUGUGCUGGUCUUUUGUACUUCUGCUGCCCCCUCUGCAGAGACCGUGAGACAUUUCUUGUCGAAACCUUCUUUCUGGGGAUCCGAACUCCCACCAGGUUGGUGUCCUUCAGUGUGACUCACAAGACAGGGGGUGUAAGUGCCAUACUGUGCCAGGCCCUGCCCCAGUAG